AGCCCCCUCUGGCCCUAUAUCCGCCUCCUCAAACUCAGUCUCCGCCUCCUCAAGUGGAAAAUGUAGUCGAUUCCAAUUCGAAUGUCGCGGCGGCAACGGCGAAUGUAUCGCCAUCUACAACGCGUGCGACGGCGUACCGCAAUGUGCCGACGGAAGCGAUGAAGCACCAGAAUUGGGCUGUCCUGAUUUGCUGAUGGCGGGACAGGCGCCACCCACCAAUACGCAAGCCCCGCCCGUUAGGGUGGAGACUCAGGCGCAGCGGGCGGGGUUGAAGCAGAUGGGUGCUGUGUACGAUGGGGGAGUGCCAAAUAUGAUCCAACCAGGUCCGCAGGCAGCAGUACCCCAUCAAGACGCAAUGCCCCCCUACCAACCGGCCGCCCCAGUGGCGUACCCCAAUCGCUUCCCCCAGGUUCCCCAGGAUUUCCUGAGACCGGAGCCUAAACAGGGGUACAGAGCUCCUUACGAACCCCCUCCCUACGUCGCAGGACAAGCGUUGCAGCAACAAUGGGUGCCUCAUCAGACCAAUCAGGUUAUGCCACAGCAGCAGCAGAUGCAGGUUCAAUAUCCAGUUGGCAAAAACUCACGUAUGUUUGGUCACAAAGAAAAUAACCUUCAGAUACAAGACCCUCAUGAAUUAAGCCAGAUGCAAUAUGGGGAUCCAAACAUAGGUGACUAUAACAAACUCAACGGUGGUUACUAUGGGGACAAUUACAGGCAGCCUAUCCAACAAGAGAGCUGGCCCUCAGCAGAUCAGUCUAGGAAAACCCCAACUUACAAUUCUCAGCCCAUGGAAGUACCUGAUGCUAAGCAAGACUCAGGUCUAAUCAUCACCUUCGUCAUGGCUGUCAUGAUCGUGUGCAGACUGAGGAUGGUGAGAAGAAGGAUCAGAAAAGGAGGAAAAUCAUACGCCCAUGAUGCUGAUUUUCUAGUCAACGGAAUGUAUUUGUAAGAAUAAAAUUUGUAGAAAUGCUUACGCUAUUCCCGAGUCCUAAGUAACUGGAUAAUUUAUUGGAGAUCCUUCUAUGAGAACUUUGGGGUCGGUUGUCAGUAAAUUGGGAGAUAUGAUAAAAAAAUAGGAGAAUCAACUGUUUCUGUUUUCUUAUCGGGCAUUGAUUAACGUAUACCACCUGAGGAUACCAAAUUAAAAUCGGCGUCAAUAUAAUAAAUAUAUAUAUAUAUAUAUAAUAGAUGUCAAAGAUGGAUUGAAGAUCCUAACACCAUAUAUGAGACAGUAGCAAAACCAACCAAAUGGAUUCUUUUUCUUCAUUUUUGAGUUCUGCUAAUGUCGCAUAGACGGCGCUGGUAUCUUUCAGAUCUUUUAUGGACGGAAAAUUAGCUACCUUUAAGCAGAAUACGUUAAUCAAUGCACAUAAUAGAAAAGAAUUGUAUUGAGCAUAUUGUUCAGGUAUUUCCAAAGUGCUAGAAUUUGUUGUAGUCAAAUAUCAGCUAUUCUAAUGGUGAAAUUAGUGCAUGAUAUAGUCUGCAAUUUCAUAUCAUAGAUUGUUUAAAUAAGUUACUGAUUUUAAAUUGAACUCGUUCGAUGGAUAUCGAAACAUUUAAGUUACCAUAUGUAUAUUUUUGAAUUAAGAUUUGUAGAUAUACCUACUCGGUUCUAUUUGUGUUUAAGACUUAAAUAUUGUUACAUACAUAUACAGAUAGGGAAAUUUCGAAAACUGGACUAUCGAAAAAAAGAAAAUUCAUGGUUGACAACAUACAUGUCAUCUCUCUUGAAUCUGAAUGUUUUUAUUACCUUCUCAAUUUCAAAAUUUCCGUAUGUGUACUCUUAUUGUUCGUAUUAUAAAC